AUGGAUCCCGUUAUCAGAGCCAACACCUUUGAGACCUCACGCGGCACGUUCCAUUACCUUGCCACAGGUCCUACUACUGGGCCCCUCAUGGUUCUCAUCCAUGGUUGGCCUGGCCUCGCCCUUACCUGGCGUCCACAACUCCUCUACUUUGGCCGUUUCGGAUUCCAUGUUGUUGCUCUUGACAUGUUGGGCUACGGACAGUCCCCCGCCCCUCAUGGCGACGCCUCCCUGUACAGCUGCGAGUCACUCGUCUCUGACCAAUUUGCACUGCUCAAACACCUCGGUCGUCACAAAGCAAUCUGGCUUGGCCACGACUGGGGUUGUGGCCCACUCUGGUCACUCGCGGCUCACUAUCCUGAAGCAUGCUCUGCCGUCAUUAGUGUCUGCUGUCCCUAUCGCACUCUCGAACUGGGCGUGCAGCACCUCAUCUCCAUCGCCAACCGUGACUUGUACCCGAAAGUCGAGUACCCGAAUGCGCAGUGGGAUUACAUGAUUCUAUACGAGAAGGCCGGCGAUGAGAUCACCCGGCAAUUUGACGCUGCCAGCAGCAGGGUGGCGAAGCAGAUCUACCGUCGUGCCAACCCCAGCAGAUUCAUGAAGCCCGCGAUUACAAGCACGGUCAGUACGCGAGGAAGCUGGUUCGGUCCCGACGUGCCGGACACUCCGCUUGCGGACACCACUCUCGACGAGCCCUUGUACGAGGCUGUGACGGAGGCUCUAGGUAGGAAUGGCUGGUGGGGAGCCACAGCGUACUACCUCAACCACGAACGGAACGCGGCGUAUAACAAGAUUGACAACGUAGUGAAUGGCGGGAGGCUCGAAAUGCCGGUCAUGCACGUGGACGCGAAAUACGACUCAGUGGCCAGCGCAGUGCAAAACCCUGAGCUGAUGACAGAGAUGAGGCGCUUGUGUGUAGAUAUGCGGGAAGCAGUCUUGGAUACAGGUCAUUGGGCUGCGCUAGAGAAGCCGGACGAGUUCAAUGGGUACUUAGAGGACUUUCUGAGAGACAAGGGCUUGCUGCCGACUGCCGUUGACGGGAAAUUGUGA